AUGGCGAGACUCACUGCCGCUGCCGACCUCGAUGUCUGGGAAUGUACCACGUCCACGGAUGGCAACCAGACGUCUACAAUCAUCUCCCUGUGUGCCCUGCGAGAUAUGCCCCUGAAGACAGAGAUUUGUCAAUUGGCUGUACGUGACGUCGGUGGUUUGGAGGUGCUGAUAAAUUUGCUCGAAACCGAUGAGGUCCGCUGCAAGGUAAGCCCAAGCAGGGACUCUUGA